GAUGUUAUAGAUCCAGUUGAGCUUGGGAUGUUAUGAACGGAGCACGAGCUUCGCCGGAGACUUAUCAAUUAAUACACGAUAUUCAUUGCUGUCGAUUUGAUAAUAAAAUGUAAUGAAACAUUUACUGUUGUAUUACGAACAUAAUUAUCUUCUCGCCGCGUGACUUGGACAUUGAUUUUGUGUGUUAUCGUACUGUGUAAUUACAGAUCAACAAUGAAGCCGAAAUCCUUGGACCGUGCCAUCGCGCUGACCAGCAUCAUUGGAAUCCUGCUCUCGACUUACGCCUUGUACGUGGAGAUGGCAAUAGAGACACAUCCUGGAUACAAAGCUGCGUGUGACAUCGCAGAGUUCGCGAGCUGCUCACGAGUUCUUUCGUCUGACUUUUCCAAAGGGUUUGGUUUAUUAGCAGAAGAGUCCACGCUCAAGAUUCCGAACUGCAUUUAUGGAACGAUCUUCUACUGCCUCAUAAUAUUUUUAUCAACAUUCGACCAGGUGCUAGUGGCCCGCAUGCUGUUCUUCGUGGCAGCUUCUUCACUCCCUAUGUGCGUGUACUUGGCGUACCUCCUAGCCUUUGUUCUCCAUGAUCUAUGCAUCGUCUGCGUGUCCACCUACAUCGUAAAUAUCGCACUAGCCAUCCUGACUUACAAGAAAAUGAAAGCAUUAGCUACAAAGAAGAAAUAAAUGAAACAAUCGAUGUUUUAACCGCUUUCGUGAUUC